AUGUGGGAAUCAUGUUUAGGUAUUGCCCGUGGAUCGUCCACAAUGCCUGGCAAUGUGGCCGAUAUCGUGCACCCCUCUCCAACUCGCCGAGAUCGGAAGAUCGCUUCCGUUCACCUCGGUCUCAAGUGGGGGGUCUCCGCUUCACCCACUCGUCGCUCUUUCGCUUCGCCCGAGUCCACCCGUCCUGUUACCAGUGAGCCCAGGACACCACAGCCCCUUCGCUCUCCUUUCAACGCCAGCACAAUGACCGCUGCAACCCAGGUUCGCAGCCUGUUCCACCUCGCAUACCACGUCCGUAACCUCAACACAGCUCGCUCCUUCUACCGGGAUAUCCUUGGGUGCGAGGAAGGUCGCAGUACCGAUACGUGGGUCGACUUCAACUUUUUUGGCCACCAAAUCUCCCUCCACCUCGGCGAGCCGUUUGCCACUACCAACACGGGCAAGGUGGGCAACCACAUGGUGCCUAUGCCCCACCUCGGUGCGAUCCUCGAACUCCCUGACUGGGAAGCGUUGGCGGGCCGUUUGAAGAAGGCAGACACCCAGUUUGUUAUUGAGCCACAAGUCCGGUUUGAGGGCCAGCCGGGCGAGCAGUGGACAAUGUUCUUCCGCGAUCCUUGCGGCAACCCUAUCGAGAUCAAGGGCUUCCGGUCGCUUGACACCGUCUACAACACCUAA